GAGAUGGCGGGCGUGUGUGAGGAGUGCGGCCUGUGCAGGCCCCGGAUGAAGCGGUGUGUUCGGUGUCGGGGGGUGAUGUACUGCUCCAAAGAUUGCCAAGAAAAACACUGGCUUACACAUAAGCUCCAAUGUUCAGAGGUUCCAGAAACAAAAGAGAGAGCUCAUCUUCCAGAAGGCAUUGAUAAAGAUGAUAGAAAUAAUUCAGAGAAGCAAGAACAGGCUAAUCACUUUGUGAUAAAAAUGAAAAACAAACAUGGAAAAUCAGAAGUCAGAGUGCCAAAAUGUGAAAGUGGGGAAGAAAUGUUUCUGUUCCUGUGCCAGCAUCUAAAAACUCCCCCAGAAAAGAUAAGACUGAUCUCCAGAGGAAAACUAAUAACAAAAGAGAAUAUUUCAUCGUAUGUUGUAGAUGGGGCCAUCUUUCAGGCUUUCGGUGAGGAGGCUGAAGAUGAAACUGGAUUGGAUGUCAGGGACAUUGAGGUAUUGAUGGCACAGCUGUCCGUGGAGAGGAAUGUAGCUAUAAAAGCACUUAGGAGAACUGGUGAUCUUAUUGAUGCCUUUCUUUAUGUUUCUGAUAAUCAGUAG